UCAGAGGGUGGGUUUGAUUUUGUCACACACACACACACACACACACACAGCCACGCAUGCACCCUUUCUUCCAAAGAAAGACAGCUAUUGACUAGAAGCCCAGAAUUGCCCCCAAGUUCCGACCACCAGCUCGAAUUCUUAUGAAGUGGACUUGUAAUAUCCUUAAUGUUGCUGUUGGCAGUCUGUUACAGAUUCCAUUAUUGUCGAUCAAUGCAGUCGCCAUGCGAGGUGGGGGGAGGAAUGGAGGAGGAGAAGAAAAGGAGAGAUGAGAGCUUCCUAUUCACGGAUUUAUCAACCUGCCUUUGCUACAGGAAAUCCUCCUGGAGGGGGCUGGGAUGCUGCUGAAACAGCUAAGGCAGGAAAGGGAUAGGGAGGGAGCUGCAGUUCUGACUGAAAGGAAAUUUGAAAACCCUCUCUGCUCAGAACAAAACAAAAUGCUGAGUUUGUUCUCGGAUCUUUGUUUUUGUUUGAUGUGCUUUACCUAGCUGAUUAGCUGUUGUGCUGUCCGGUUCUCAAGGCUGUUUCCGUGUAGGACCCCCUCGCCUUUUAUUUAUUUCUAGUUUUUGAGUGUCUUUAUUCUGUAUUUCUCCAUGCUUUCUCUUGUCAUUAAAAACAGAUCAUUAUUCAAUUUUAUUCUGGCUUUCUCUUUCAGUGUAAAGCUUAACAAAAAAGAGACAGAGAACAAAUCUCUUUCUUCUAUCCUACCACCCUCUUUUAACCCUCUCUAUUCCCUCAUUUUUCUACCCCCACUGUUGUGUUAGAUUGAUGUCACAGAGAAUUCUUUCAGAGUGGAGAGAGGAUCACAUUUUCUUUUUUAUCAUUGCAGCCUAGCCCCACGAUUUUAGUAUUAGACCUUCCCAAGAAUCUAGUCUUUGUAUCUCUUUCUUGCCGCUUCAUCAUUCAGUAAUUGUACUCUGUAUGGAAAAGUUUUCUGGCUGGAGAAUGAGUCUCCUUUCCCCUGGUGAUGUGGCGGAGUGGUUGGAUAGUAGCACCGAAGAGGAGAAGAGUCUUCUGUCAUUUCUGGAGGUGCCAGCAGAAAGGUCCCCCCGCAGACGGAGUAUAUCAGGGACCAGCACAUCAGAGAAACCCAACUCCAUGGACACUGCGAACACCUCCCCUUUCAAAGUCCCGGGGUUCUUCAGCAAGCGCCUGAAAGGUUCCAUCAAGAGGACCAAAAGUCAGUCGAAGCUUGACAGAAACACAAGCUUUCGACUUCCAUCCCUUCGAAAUGCAGAUGACAGGUCUCGUGGUCUGCCUAAACUGAAAGAGUCUCGUUCACACGAGUCCCUGCUGAGCCCGUGCAGUGCAGUGGAAUGUCUAGACCUUGGUAGAGGGGAGCCAGUGGCAGUGAAACCACUCCAUAGUAGCAUCCUUGGACAAGACUUCUGCUUUGAGGUCACCUACUUAAGUGGAAGUAAAUGCUUUAGCUGUAACUCUGCCUCAGAGAGAGAUAAGUGGAUGGAAAACCUUCGAAGAACAGUUCAGCCAAAUAAGGACAAUUGUAGACGAGCUGAAAAUGUUCUCCGUUUAUGGAUCAUUGAAGCCAAGGACCUUGCCCCUAAAAAAAAAUAUUUCUGCGAACUGUGCCUUGAUGAUACCCUCUUUGCUCGUACAACCAGCAAGACCAAAGCAGACAAUAUUUUCUGGGGUGAACAUUUUGAAUUCUAUAGCCUUCCACCUCUUCAUAGUAUCACAGUUCACAUUUAUAAGGAUGUGGAAAAAAAGAAAAAAAAGGACAAGAAUAAUUAUGUAGGGCUAGUCAACAUCCCCACUGCCAGUGUGACUGGUCGCCAGUUUGUAGAAAAGUGGUACCCCGUGAGUACACCCACACCCAACAAGGGAAAGACAGGAGGACCUUCUAUCCGGAUUAAGUCACGUUUCCAAACUAUCACCAUUCUGCCUAUGGAACAAUACAAAGAAUUUGCAGAAUUCAUCACCAGCAACUACACCAUGCUGUGUUCUGUCCUUGAGCCAGUAAUUAGUGUGAGGAAUAAAGAGGAAUUGGCUUGUGCCUUAGUACACAUUCUUCAAAGUACUGGCAGAGCCAAGGAUUUUUUGACUGACUUGGUGAUGUCAGAGGUGGAUCGUUGUGGAGAGCAUGAUGUCUUGAUCUUCAGAGAAAACACCAUUGCCACUAAAUCCAUUGAGGAAUACCUCAAGUUGGUGGGACAGCAGUACCUUCAUGAUGCGCUGGGGGAAUUCAUCAAAGCAUUGUAUGAAUCAGAUGAGAACUGUGAAGUGGACCCCAGCAAGUGUUCCUCUAGUGAGCUAAUGGAUCAUCAGAGCAACCUGAAAAUGUGCUGUGAGUUGGCUUUCUGCAAGAUCAUCAAUUCUUACUGUGUCUUCCCUCGUGAGUUGAAAGAAGUGUUUGCAUCAUGGAAGCAGCAGUGCCUGAACCGAGGCAAGCAAGACAUCAGUGAGCGGCUCAUUAGUGCCUCAUUGUUUCUCCGUUUUCUUUGCCCAGCCAUUAUGUCUCCCAGUCUUUUCAACCUGAUGCAGGAGUAUCCUGAUGACCGUACAUCUCGGACGCUAACUCUUAUUGCCAAGGUCAUUCAGAACCUGGCCAACUUUGCCAAGUUUGGUAACAAAGAGGAAUACAUGGCAUUCAUGAAUGAUUUUUUAGAACAUGAAUGGGGUGGAAUGAAGCGGUUCCUUUUGGAGAUCUCUAAUCCAGACACCAUCUCAAACACCCCGGGCUUUGAUGGUUACAUUGAUCUGGGCAGAGAGCUGUCAGUUUUGCAUUCCUUACUAUGGGAAGUAGUUUCCCAACUUGAUAAGGGUGAAAAUUCCUUCCUACAGGCAACUGUGGCAAAAUUGGGGCCUCUCCCUCGUGUUCUUGCUGAUAUUACCAAGUCUCUGACUAACCCUACGCCAAUACAGCAGCAACUGAGACGCUUCGCUGAACACAGCUCCAGUCCAAAUGUCAGUGGAAGCCUCUCCUCUGGGCUGCAGAAAAUUUUUGAAGACCCCACUGACAGUGAUUUGCACAAACUAAAAUCUCCAAGCCAGGAUAACACAGACAGCUAUUUCAGAGGGAAAACAUUAUUGUUGGUUCAGCAAGCCUCCUCCCAGAGCAUGACUUACUCUGAAAAGGAUGAAAAGGAAAGCAGCCUUCCUAACGGCCGGAGCAUCUCCCUCAUGGACCUUCAGGACACUCACGCUUCUCAAGUGGAGCAUGCAUCUGUCAUGCUUGAUGUGCCUAUGCGCCUCACAGGGAGCCAGCUUUCUAUAACCCAGGUGGCUAGCAUCAAACAACUUCGGGAAACCCAGAGCACUCCCCAGAGUGCACCUCAAGUGAGAAGACCCCUGCAUCCAGCCUUGACCCAGCCAGGAAAUCUCCAGCCCUUGUCAUUCCAGAACCCUGUCUAUCACCUCAAUAACCCAGUUCCAGCAAUGCCAAAGGCCUCUGUAGAUUCCAGUUUGGAGAACCUAAGCACUGCCAGUUCUAGAAGCCAAAGCAAUAGUGAAGACUUCAAACUCAGUGGACCCAGCAAUAGCAGCAUGGAAGAUUUCACCAAAAGAAGCUCGCACAGUGAAGACUUUUCCAGGCGGCACACUGUACCAGACAGACACAUACCUCUGGCUCUGCCACGACAAAAUAGUACUGGGCAGUCCCAAAUCCGAAAAAUGGACCAGGCUGGGUUAGGUGCCCGAGCCAAAGCACCCCCAUCCCUGCCACACAGUGCUUCCUUACGGAGCACAGGGAGCAUGUCGGUGGCAUCUGCGGCCCUGAUGGCUGAACCUGUGCAGAAUGGGAGCAGAUCCAGGCAGCAGUCCUCCUCCUCCAGAGAAAGCCCUGUUCCCAAAGUGAGAGCCAUCCAGAGACAGCAAACACAACAGGUUCAGUCACCUGUGGACUCUGCCACAAUGUCCCCAGUAGAAAGGACAGCAGCCUGGGUUCUGAACAAUGGACAGUAUGAAGAGGAUGUGGAAGAAUCUGAACAGAAUCAAGAUGAAGCCAAGCAUGCUGAGAAGUAUGAACAAGAAAUUAGCAAACUGAAGGAGCGCCUGCGAGUGUCCAGCCGGAGGCUGGAGGAGUACGAGCGCCGGCUGCUGGUGCAGGAGCAGCAGAUGCAGAAGCUGCUGCUGGAGUACAAGGCCCGGCUGGAGGACAGUGAGGAGCGGCUGCGCAGACAGCAGGAGGAGAAGGACAGCCAGAUGAAAAGCAUCAUCAGCAGGCUAAUGGCUGUGGAAGAGGAAUUAAAGAAGGAUCAUGCUGAGAUGCAAGCAGUUAUUGAUGCAAAGCAGAAAAUAAUUGAUGCACAGGAAAAGCGGAUCGUGUCUCUGGAUUCAGCCAACACUAGACUGAUGAGUGCGCUGACGCAGGUGAAGGAACGGUACAGCACGCAGGUCCGCAAUGGCAUCUCUCCCACCAACCCCACCAAGCUUUCCAUCACAGAGAAUGGUGAAUUCAAGAACAGCAGCUGCUGAGGGCCUUGGUGAAUGCAGGCUGUGCGAGGAAACAGAAGGAAGUUGCCCAGCUCUCCUAUCCUCAUCCGUUUACCCCUCCAGGUUUACAGAAUGUUGCUUCAAAUGGCAAUGUGGUGAGAAACUCUUAAAUGAAGAAAGGAACCUUGUCUUUCAGGGCAUAAAGCAAAGACUUCCAAGGUCAAUGCUUUCCCCAGUGUCUCUAUGUACAUAGGGAACUUAGUUCUGGGCCAUGUACAGAAAUAUCACUGUAAUAUACCAAAAGGAAGUCAAUAAUGUAGAUUACCUUUUUAAUUAUUACUAUUUUAUUAUUGUUUUUCUCUUGUUGAAAGCACUGCAGUUGUUAGUGGAGAAAAAGUAGGAGCAAAGUGUGAGUGAGAAAUGAGCCUGUUGGUUCAGUAGGUAGAGACUCUACGUAUUGAAUAGGAGUACAUGGAGUGCAAUAGGACCUUGUCAGAAUUGUUUUUUUUUUUUUCGGGGAUUCAUCUGCCAGUUUAAAAGCCCCACCCUAGAUCCAUACUGAUGCCACUAAUCAACCAAGAUGGUUCUGUCAGACAGUAAUGUGAUUCGGAGACUUGCUGUUUCAGAGGACACAGAUAAAAGUGGUAGAUUAUACCAAAACUAGACUAGAAAUGAUUUCUUUUAACUCUUAUCAGCAUGUUUAUUUACUCCAUCUGCAGCAGUGGGAAUUUUCUCUUUUAGAUAUCAGACUUUUUGAUUUUUACUCCUACUCUUUUUUUCUCUUUAGAAUUGACAGAACUAUAAAUAUUUGUGUCUCUGUCUACCAUCUCCACUUUCACAUGUCCACUGCCCUUUUCUCCCCAUCCUGGGAGUGGUCAGUACCAUCAGGGCUUCCUCUCCGCUGGAGAGCUCAUUCAAGUAUGCCACUCAUAAGCCAUCUGAAUAAACACCCUUUCUUCCUCACAGAAAAGGGCUAACUACAACAAAGCAGGAAUCUCUCACUAUUUCCCACUAAAAUUUUUCUUCCUAUUUGUCAGUUGUAUUUUUCCUUGGGAGAAAGAUUUUAUCCACUAUACUAGCAAAUCUGUGGGCAGGGUGGUUGCUUCUCUUUCUAUUUAUCCUCUCCAUAAAAUUUGGGAAGCUGUCUAAAACUGAAUAAUCUCCCUUUAAAAAUCAUGAUUAGUCUUGAUAGAGAGAACCAGAGUGUGAGGAUGGCGCAUUCCAGUUGUUAUUCCACGUUCAUGGUAGACUCUGCAGGAGUGACCCGGCUGAUCAUUACUGGCUUUAAGAAAGUUCAUGUUUUUCUCCAGAGUGUGACAUAUCAUCUGCAAUGCAGGCUUGAUUGCCAGAGGUAUGGAAAGUUAGCUGCAGGUUAAACAAACAUUAUAUAUAUAUAUAAAUAUAUACAUAUAUUCACACAUAUGUACAUAUAAUGUGCACAUCAAAAAUGUUCUUACCUUCUAUGCUGUCAGAUAUACAGAGAUAAAUGUUAAAAAGGGUCUUAAAUCUCUUUAAGCAAAAUUUACACCGUUUUACGUUGAAAAAAAUUUUCUCAAAUAAGUUAAUGUUUUGUUUUGUCUUUUAAGUUAUAAACUUUAAAAAAAUGUUAAGUUAAGGAUGCAGGGGGAGACAUAACGGAGCCAUAUGCAUGGUGUAUGUGUUUCUGCAUAACGGAAUAAUUAUAAGGAAACAAGAGAACAUAUAUAGUGCCCUGUUUGUUUAAAGCCCAGGCAUAGGCACCAAGCCCUCCUUCCCACCAAGUCCCAGGCAUGCACUCCAAGUCUCACUUGCUCCGCAGUUGACUUUUGGUUCAGACCUUGCUUUUCAGCCACCUCACCUACACCCUCGACCUACAACCAAUGAAAGGGUUUCUUCAUAAUAGCCCCUGAGAACAGGAGCAUCCCACUGUGCUUAGAACUGCAAGCUUCAUACCCAUUUGAGUGUUCUGACCCCUAGCAGCUAUUCUACAGUCUUAUCUCUUCCCUCCAAGUCAAGGUCACAAUUACUUACUAAGAGAGAAGGUUAUUGAUUUCUGCAGCAAUACCCUGUAUUGAGUGAGGGGGGAAUGUAAACAUAGAUCUUUAAAUGUCUAUAGCUUAGCAAUGUUUCCAUCAUUCUUCAAAAACCUUCAAUAGCACCACAGAAAACCUAGUCUAAUUAUUAGUCUCAGUGGCCUGCAGUAUGUAAUGUGGGUAAUGUCUUGCUUUAAGGUUGAGAAGGUCUUCAAGUGCUGGUUGCAGAUUACAGAGAGCUGGUCAAAUAAGUGUAUUGAUGAAUAAAGUAUAAUUUAACAUUGUGGGACCUUCUUAGAGAGCCUGUCUGCGUUGCAAGAUUGAAUAUCCAAAACAUUUGGACAUAUUAUGAAUCGUGUGUGUUAUCAUAAUUGAAAAGAUAAAAGUAAUAUUAUAACAAUAGUAAGAGAAUUAAGAGAUUGAAAGUUCAGCAUUGUUGCCAGAUAUUAAAUCUUAGAUUAUCCUUUGAGCCUACUCAUCUUUUUAGCCUAUCAGAAAUAUUAUUCUGAGCUGGGGUGUAGCCCAGUUGACAGAAUGCUAGCCUAGCAUACAAGAGGCCCUGGGUUCAAAUCCCCGGCACAGCAUAAACUAGGACGGUGGCACAGAGGCCUGCAAUCCCAGCACUCCAGGGAUGGGAGUAGGAAGAUCAGGAGCUCCAGGUCAUCCUCUGCCUCAGACGUUUCCUGGCCCGAGCUACUUGAGACCCUGUCUCAAAAUGGUAACAAAAUAUUUUUUGAAUAUUUUUAGAGAAUGUUGCAAUCCUAUGACAUUUAUUUUUAAUUUUUUUUUUUUUUUUUUUUUUUUUUUUUUUUUUUUAGUAUAGAAGAGAACAACAACAGGUAUUUUCAAUGGUGUUUCUUUACCUCAAAUAGAUUUCUUUACCCUGAACAAAAGUCGUUUUGUUUUGCUGCGAGGAAAUGUGUGAUUUUUAAAAAGCUGAUGGGUUAAAAUAGCUGCCUCUUGUGGUCCCUGUUUUUGUCAGCACAUUCUAGGGUGAGACUAGCCCAGGGUUGGGGAAAUUUGGUGUUCAGGUGAAGUGCUUGCAAAGCUUUUGUCCAGGUGAGGGGGACCUGACCAUUACCAAGGGUAACUUCAUAGGACCAGGAAAGGGGCUUCCUAUUUCCCUCCAGCAUUACUGGAGCAAUAAAACCAGAACAGCAAAAGGUCACAUUCCCAUGAGAAUCACAUCUCUUCAGCAUCUGUUCCCUAUGUGCUGUUUGGCCUGGGCACUCCUGCUUAGCGUGGAAAGUGAGGUGGUUGUGCUGCUCUAGUUUUUCUUGCUUUUUCACCUAGUAUCAGUGUUCUCACUGGUCUGCUUCCAUCCUCUGGUGUUGAACAGCAAAGAAAAUGUGAGCAUUUCUAAGACUGAGUAAACAGUAAGUGUACACACUGGGGCUGAGCAUGAUUUCAGAAGCGGUUUGUCCUUUCCUACUGCACCUGUGGCUUUUGUCUGGGUUGGCAGCUCUCCAGAGCCCUAGUGUGUGUCCUCAGGUACAGCCCUGAGGCAGCAGGGGAGUUUGUUUUUGUUGUUGUUGUUGUUGUUGUUGUUGUUGUUGUAAUUUUAAGUCCCAGAGGACACCUGCCAUCGAGUGGGUGUGUGUUAGCGUUUGCUCGGAUUCCACCCAGAUUCCUCCAGGUACAGUUCCCGAGAAGGCCUAUUAAGGGACUGAGCUGGGGGAAGCAGCCCUCCUCAGGAUUAUGCUGUCUCCUCAUUCAGGAGACUGACUAAGCCCCGGGCUGGACCAUCAGCUAGCCAUGGCACUGCAAACUCAGUAACUCCAGAGCCCAGGCCUCAGCUUUACUUCAUUUUUAGCCACUUUGGGGGCCACCUUCUGCUACAGAUUGAGCAGAUUCAAGGGACAUUCUGCUCUGUAUUCCUUGGCUUUUUCAAGUCAGUUAAAAAGUUAACCUUUCCACCCCACACCUGGGAUACCUUUCUGCAUUAUUAUUAUUAUUGUUGUUGUUAUUAUUAUUAUUGUUGUUAUUAUUAUUACUGUUUUGCAGGACUUACACUUUUUUGGUUUACUUUGGUUUUUCGAGAUGGGGUUUCUCUGUAGCCCCGGCUGUCCUGAACUUACUUUGUAGACCAGGCUAGCCUCAAACUCACAGAGAUCCACCUGUCUGCCUCCCUGAGAGCUGGGAUUACAGGCAUGUGCCACCUUACCCGUUCCAUGUUUGUUUCUUAAAAGCAAAUAAUGUUGAAUUUUUAAGUUCUUUUUGUUGUUGUUUUUGUUUUUUGAGACAGGGUUUCUCUGAGUAGCCUUGGCUGUCCAGAUUCACUUUGUAGACCAGGCUGGCCUCAGAUUCACAGAGAGCCACCUGGAAGUUUCAAGUUCUUAAGUACAAGCUCAUUUUAUAUUUUAAUAGUUGUUAUUGUUCUAGGGCAUUCUCUUGUCACUGACCCCUCUAGAAAAGCUCUUGAACUUUGAAAAGACCAGGGUGAUAAAAAUUUGCAUAAGAAAGAAUAAAUUUCUUUCGAAAGAUCCUGAGGAAGCUACAUGAUCCAGUGAUCUUGGUUGCUCAGAAGUUCAAACAAACCAGUAGAGUUGCAUCCCCUGGCUCCUCUUAAGAUAUAUAUAUAUAUAUAUAUAUAUAUAUAUAUAUAUAUAUAUAUAUAUAUGGAAAGGAGCUCCUAAGACAACACCGUGGGUGCUUACAGAAACACAGCUCUUAAGGCAGCCCUCUAAAAAAACAAUGUUCAUCCAAUUUAUACACGAAUUCCUCACCAAAUUCGUGAGGUGUUUUGUUUUGUUAGCUUUAGAUUUUAUAACAUUCUAUUCUCUUUGAAAUGUACUAUAUGUGUUAUAUGUAUAUAUAAGUUAAAGUGACUUGAACUCGGUUUGGCACAGGCUUGAGAACUGGCAUCGUCAGUAGUGCAGAGCAUAUAGAGCUGCUGGUGAUGGUCACCAUCUAAGAACAUAUUACAGAACAUAGUUAACUUGGCAGUUAACGCUCAGAUGCUUGAGCAGCAGCCCAGCUGGCUGUGGUGAAUGCAGCAAACCACCCAAGGAGAGGACAGGGGACCUUUGACCCCGUGUUUCAGCACAGAUUUUACUUUUCUACUCUGUUAUCUUUUAUCAGAUGCCCUCAUUGUUCCCUAAAAAGUCUUGGAAAUGAAAACCAGACUGAACUGUUGGUGCAGUGACAUUUCCACAGCUGUGUUUUAGGGGUCGCCAUCCUCCGUGUGUGGUGCAAGUAUUUAAAUAUAAAUAACAUGGAUAUGUCAUUUCCAAACCCUCAAGGGAAAAUUGCCAUUUUCCAGUUUACUAAAAGGUUAAAUGCUAGUUAACUCAAUGACCACUAUCCUGCAGAGAAGCUAAAACAAGUAGCAAACGUUGGGUGUGACUGGUGCUUGGAUAUUUCUUAGCUGUAUUAGAUCAACUCGAACAAACAGCAGCAUACUUACCUGGGUCACAACUGGGAGGAAUUUAUCUUCCAAAUUUGAUUUUAUUUUUCAUCUCCAGGGCCUUAAUAAGAGUGUGUUAAUACACAUGACUAUUUUACAGAUAGUUCAAAAUAAUUUAUUUUUUAUUUCAAGAAAGAGAAAUUCACCUUAGAAGAACAAAACCCAAGAUUUGAUUUUAUUUUUAAAGCCAUAUUUUUGUGCUUUGUAGCACUUAGAUUGUUCCAUAUGUGAUCCAUAUCUGCAUUUCAUUACCUGGGUUCUAAAAAAGAUUUAUUUUUGUUCUGUGAAUAAUUUUUGACAGUUCUUGUACAUGUACAGAUAUAGAUACGUUUGAGGUCUUUUAUUGAUAUUCCUACAAAAAUUCAAAUAAACUUUAACUUUAAACAUU